GGCAAAGAUGAAGACUAAUGAGGGGCUGAACUCGGAUAUAGAGUUUUGUAUUGACAGGGAGGUCUCGACGCCAUUGAAGACGUGUAUGAAGGAGAAGAGAAGGAUUGAGGGACGGAUUAAGACUUCAAUGGGUAUUUGAGAGCAAGAAAGGAUGAAAGAGACCGAAGAGAUUACUAAUUAUAAGGUGCUUUCUAAGAGUAAAAAUAUUCCAAAGUUUGGCAACUUAAUCGGAGCAACAUCAAAAUUAAAGAUCUCUCAGUUGAGUAGAGCAAUGAAGUCAAAUUCUACGAUUAAGACCAGCUUUCAGAAGAACGAGAGGAAAUAAAGAAACCUUGAAGAUGAAAAUACCCCAAUUUCUCCCUUUUAAUACAUCUGAAGAAAAGCUGAGAAGUACCAAGGUGUUUACAAAGUCUUUAUACAGCGGAAAAUUCGGUGGCUACGGGAAAAAGAGGAAAACUUAUAAUAAAAACAUGAGCAAACUGACUGGGGCUGAUCACUUCCAUCCAAAAUAACCCUUCCUCUAAUUUUACCAGAAAAUCUCCAAUCCUAGCAUCAACUAGGUUGCUUAAAUAAGCGUUAUUCCUCUAAAACAAUCCCAAAAAGGAGCAAAAACACAUUUUUCAAAGCAAGAGUGACUUUCAAGCCUGCUGGCAGUCCCUUGGCUCUUAAAUAACACUCACUUAAACCCAACAGAUUGAGGAAUUUCCAAAUAACAGCACUUUAAAACCCCCCAAUAACACUAGGCAAAGCUACUUGAACAGUCUUCUCAGGGAGCAUGACUUGUGCGGCCUAGCGCACAAGGCUCUGCCGCAGGGCAAGCCUCUGGUGCACCUGUUCCACAACCUUAAUGUGAUCAGAGCCAAGUCAACACAUAGGCCUAAGGUCUUAGAGAAGAAGAGGAGAACACGCAACCAAAGGAACCAUACCGGCAUCUUUGAGGUAUGGGGUUGGAGCUGAGAGAAAAGAACACUAGAGUAAAAGAGAUUGAGCAAGAAUGGAGCUCAGAGAGAAACAGAAAGCGCUCAUUGAUUUCUAAGAGAGCAUUUUUUGGCUCCUGUGAUGGACUAUGAAUGGAUUUUAUCGUUGGGUUAAGUCAUUGCUCACUCUUUCUACAC